AUGGUGUCUCUCGGCGGGGAGGGCGCGUUUCCUCCUGGCUCGACCGUACAUUUCAAGACCGCCCUUGGAGCUUCUCUUCAGGCUCAAGUAGUUUGUUUCGAUCCCGCGCUCAAGGUACUUGUAGUACGUGAUACAUCAAGUGGGAAGGCAACCGUACGUAUGUUCAAUAUAGCUCUCAUAAGUGAGAUCAGAGAGAUUGCGGGUCCUGCUAAUGGCGAUACGCUUGAAACCAUGUUUUCCCCUAGCUCAAUGACCAAUCAGCAGGUCAACGAUAGAAGCGCUAUAGCAGAGAAUCGUCGUUGCAUUGAAGCAAUGGAAACCGAUGUACCAUUGGAGGGUCAGCGGGCAUUCAUACAACUGCGACGAACUUUAGAUGAUGUUCGUUGGAAGGGUGAAGACAUUUCGGUACUUGAACGUGUUGUUGUCCGACCACCUUACACUCCCGAAAGUGCCGUUGCAUUGCAGGAAGCGGAUUCACAGUCUCAGUCCGCUCUAAUGCACGUCCGCAAAAUCUUGUCUAAGCCGUUUGUGCCCGAGGUACCUAUGACAGAUUCCGAUGAUGACAUUCCGCGACUUCCUGCGGAUACUUUAGCUAUUUUGCAGCAAUUCCAAGAAGAGCAGUGCAAUAUUGCUAAUGGCGUUGUGGAUGUGAUUACGGAGGAUUGGCAGCUCAGUCAGUUCUGGUACGCUGCUGAAACUGCACGUCAGCUUUGCCGAGAAGUGGUCCAUGCAGCUGGGGGAGAAGGACAUAUAGGAUGCAUUUCUUGUCCCACAUUAAUGCAAUACUUCUCUGAAAUCGACGAAUACAAAACGGGUAAAGUAACUGUCAGCUUAUUGGAAUAUGAUCAACGUUUUGAGAAAAAAUUCCCAUCCGAAUAUAUACCUUACGACUAUCGACAUCCACAUGCAGUUCCUGAAGAGACUAAAGGAGCUUUUGAUGUCAUAAUCGCUGAUCCACCAUUUCUUGCUGAUGAAUGUCUAGUUAAAACAGCACAAACUGUGAGGUUAUUAGCGAAGCCAAAUGCAAAGGUUAUUCUUUGCACAGGAACAAUCAUGGCGAAAAUGGCUGAUCGUCUACUAGGACUUCAUCGGUUGAAAUUUGAACCCCAACACGCUAAUAACCUCUCCAACGAGUUCUCAUGUUUUGCUAAUUACGAAACAAAAUAUUUGUGA